AACUUUACUGAUAUGGAACGUAAAAGUCAAAACGAUUUUGCAAUUUGCAGAUGUCAACAAAACAGUUUUUAUUGUGCAAAUACGAGAAAAUGAAAAUUGUAAAUCGUUUCUUGAUAUAAUAUAUUAUAUGGUAGCUAUUCAAAAUGAGUUUCCUAGAAGAUACGUUGAUAAUUUUGAUAUCCCAGACAAUAUUCUUUGUUGGUGGAUGGAUAUUCUUCGUGAAGCAGCUGUUCCGAGACUAUGAAGUGCACCACACACUUGUUCAGUUAAUAUUCUCCGUAACAUUUGCACUCAGUUGCACCAUGUUUGAGCUGAUCAUAUUUGAGAUUAUUGGAUAUUUGGACUCCAGUUCCAGGUAUUUUCACUGGAACCUGGGCCUCUAUUCCUUAUUGUUUAUGGUCAUAGCUCUUAUACCAUUCUACAUUGCAUAUUUCUGCAUAAGUAAUAUUAGAUUUGUAACCAAAAAUGCAAUCAGACCGUUGACAAUGCUUGUAUGGUUCAUAUAUCUGUACUUUUUCUGGAAGAUUGGAGAUCCAUUCCCCAUAUUAAGUCCGAAACAGGGUAUAUUUUCUAUAGAGCAAGGUGUGUCUCGUAUAGGUGUAAUUGGAGUGACUGUUAUGGCAUUGCUGUCUGGAUUUGGUGCUGUGAACUACCCUUAUACUUCCAUGGCUAUAUUUAUUAGACCAGUAACUCAGGCUGAUGUACUAUCAAUAGAAAAGAAGUUACUGCAAACUAUGGACAUGAUAUUGGUGAAAAAGAAAAGGAUUGCAUUAGCAGAAGCCAAUAGUAUGGGAGGGAGACAGCAAUACAAUAUGUUGGACCAAUCUGCAGUGAAGAAUAGAGGGUUUUGGACAAACAUUUUGUCCAGUGUUGGCAGUAUUACUAAUCCGCUUGGUCAUGGAUCUGAAAAUAUAGCCCAACUCCGCCAAGAGAUAGCAGCAUUAGAGGAACUAAGUAGGCAGCUGUUCCUAGAGGCACAUGACGCCAGAUCCAUGAGAGAGAAGAUCGAAUGGUCGAACACAUUCCAAGGGAAAUAUUUUAACUGUCUCGGGUAUUUCUUCUCGCUGUAUUGUAUUUGGAAGAUAUUUAUUUCAACAAUAAACAUAGUAUUCGAUCGGGUGGGCAAAAAGGACCCGGUGACCCGCGGCCUAGAGAUCGUGGUCCAUUGGCUUGGGCUGAACAUUGACGUGGCGUUCUGGUCUCAACACGUUUCAUUCAUACUCGUCGGGUGUAUAGUGCUUACAAGCAUUAGAGGGUUACUGCUUACGCUUACUAAGUUCUUCUACAAGAUAUCAUCGUCGAAAUCAUCGAACAUAAUAGUGUUAAUUCUAGCUCAGAUAAUGGGCAUGUAUUUCUGUUCGUCGGUGCUUUUGAUGCGCAUGAACAUGCCUCCAGAAUACAGAAUAAUAAUCACUCAAGUAUUGGGAGAAUUGCAGUUUAAUUUCUACCAUAGAUGGUUCGAUGUUAUAUUCCUUGUCAGCGCUUUGACUAGUAUAUUUACGUUGUAUUUAGCACAUAAACAACCCUCUGUUAGUUAGGGGUUAGUUGAUGAUUGAAUCGAGAUAAGCAAGUUGGGCUUAAAACCUUUUUGGCUGUUCCUACUUAUUAUUUAGGCUUUGGAGGACGAAACCCUAAAAAAAUCUUGUAAGUUAAUAUUUCUGUUAAUAUUGUACAAAUGCACAAUGCUAAGAUUAUACAGUUUUUGUAUCUGGGCGGAUUUUUCAAUCAAGUUAUAUAAUCAAAUAUUCGGAUUCCAGUUUGAGGUAGGAUUUACAUUAUAUUAUUAUAUGAUUUUGUGUACCCAUUACAAUGGACUCUUCAAACAUGGCGUGGAUGCAAAACAAUUUGUAUAUCAUAUUUUGUCAGAUUAUAAUUUAUUUGAUUGUAAAAUUAGUUCAAAGUAAUUUAAUAUUAAGACUGAUAUUGUUAAGUGAAAGUGUUGAAUAAAACUCGACAUUAUUUUAACAUCUUUUUAUUAAUAUCUUACAAUAAACUAUAUAGAAAUAGUUAAAGUAGUAAAAUAGUACAUGGAAAGGCCACCUUAAUUACAAUUAAAUUACUGAUGCGAGAAAAAUAGUUUUGAAAGUUUUGGACAUCGAUAUUGGAUGUUCUAUCGAUUGCGAACAAGUGUUUAUUUCGCGAUACAUUUUGAAUUUAUAAUCGAUAAUUCAAAAGUUGUAUCGAUAUCAUAUCGAUUAGUUUAAGAAAAUGUGUAAUCGAUAAUCGAUGGACGUGGCUACGAUAUCGAUGAUCGAAUAAUAUCUCUAUUCACUUCUUCGCAAUCUCAGAUGCCAGUUGAUGCAAUUUUUUUGGAUGUUAUAUAAUUUUGAGCAAUAAAUUAUGAAAUUGCAAUUA